AGCCACUGGGGGGCCUUCAUUCGCGAAACUUAGGUCUAGUAACUCUCGUUAAGAUGUUCCGGAAAAAUUCGUGCAGGAUUUUAAAUAUGGCAGCCAAAUUGAAAUGGUGUUAUUUGAAUAAUCACGGUCUAUUUUCACAGUAUGUACAAUCACCGAUGCAAUAUACAUUGGUCUUACUUAAAAGUCCAAUGCGUGUUAUAUUUCCUGUUGCUGUUCGAUUUUUGCGUCGUAGGAGUUAUAAUGAGAAUGAGAAAUUAUCUGUUAUUGUUAACGAAGAAGAUAAAUACAAUUUUUCUAAUUCUGUUAUUACUCCUACUACUACUACUGAGAAGAGAAAGAAAUGUAUCUUUGUGGAAAAUACUAAAAGUUGUAAAAAUUCUGCUUUGAUGAAUAAUAUAUCUGUUUCUGAAUGUGAUCAUAACAAAAAUGUUUCUGUUAAUGAUUUUUUCGGGAUUGAAAGUGACAUUGAUGUGAAAUGUGGUAAGGCACGUGAUGAAAAUUUUAAAUGCAAGUCUGCAAGCAUUGAAAAAUUUGAAUAUCUUUUAAGAAAGCGAGAUUCUAAAGUAAGUGAUGAUAAAGUUAUCGAAACAACUUACGGGAGAGUUCGGUAUGAUAUUGAUAACAUGCCUCAUUACCAUGAGCAAGAUGAAGAGUAUAGUUUAUCAGAAACAUGUAAAACUGAAGGUGAAAGUGAAGUACUUUUAACAAAUAAUACUAAUUUACUAGGCAAGGAAAUAGAGUUCCAGCAAAAAAGUGAAGUAGAUGUAAUUAGUAGGGAAAAAUUCUCAUGCGAUGAAGGAAAAGGUAAUUGUGAUAAAGUAGUUAACUUUAAAAGCAACCUUUAUGAAGAUUUGGGGUUCAUUGAUCAAACAUGUUUUACUCAGAGCAUAUCUGAAAAUCCACAAUUAUCUGAAGAAAAAUCAAAUGAUGAUGAAGCUACUGUAAACCUUAUUGAAGAUCAGUAUUUUACAGCUGCAGGCUUGUACGGAAGAAGCAACACAGAAAAUACCAAAGAAUAUCUGAAGGAUGCCCAAAAUGCAACACCACAUACUUUGGAAUCUGCAUUAAAACAAGUAAAAAGUACACAGAAGACAUCCAUUAAAGAGCUAUUUGAACAAGAUACAUUACAAAAUAACCUUUCAACUGAGAAUUUGAAUAAUAAACAGAUGCCAAAAAAUAUUCUAAAUGAGUGCAGUACAAGAUUAGUUACAUGUGAAGAAAUGGACUCUUUCAUUGCAAAAACAAAGCAUAAGGAAACUACAAAAGAUUGUUCACAAAUUCCUUCAGCAGAUAAAUGUAUAGAUCUUCAUAAUGUUAUACAACAUGAAAAUAUGGCCAGUAAUUACAAUAAAACUGGUAUUAAAGAGCUUUGGACUAAUGUUCAUGUACAAACAAAAGAAGAAAAAGAUGAUUAUGAUGGAAUGUGCACCAGAAACAUUUUAGACAAACAAAGUACUGUGCCACCCAGUCUUCACAACCGUCAGUCUGCUUAUGAUUAUGUAAUGAAAGUGUAUAAAGAAGAUCUACAUAAAACUCAAAAGGAUAAAAAUGGGAAGAAAACAGAAAUAUAUGAUGAGAGGCUUAAUAGCAAAGGUUUAUAUAUCUUGAAAGACCAAAUUCCUAACUGGAAGGAAAUGCCUCGAGAUGCUGUUUUACAGAUUUUGAAAAAAAAAAUAUUGUAUAAUGACAGUGACAUUGUAGCCAUUGAUAAACCUUAUGGGAUUAUUUGUCAUGGUAAAGAAGAUGUUCCAGUAUUGUCAUCCUACCUUUCUGAGCUAGCUUUCCUUUUGGAUAAAUCCUCUUCUCAUUCAAAACUGUAUAUGGUCCACAGACUAGACAAAGAAACCACAGGAGUGAUGUUGCUUGCAAGAACUCAACAAAUGGCUAAUCAUUUGAAGAAACUAUUCCAUGAUCACAAAAUCACCAAAGUUUAUUGGGCAUUGACUAAGGGUGUUCCCAGUGUAAUGGAAGGAGUGAUUGACAUCCCUAUCAAAGAAGGAUCAGUGGAAAAUAAACGAAGAAUGGUUUUAAGUCCUCAUUUACCAGAUGAGUAUAGAUCACUGACAUCAUUCUCAGAGAAAGCUCGCCAAGCUGUAACUCAUUAUAAGGUCUUGUCAACUCAUGGCAAUGCUGCCUUGAUAGAACUGAAGCCCCAAACAGGUGUGAAACAUCAGCUUCGUAGUCACUUGGGGUUUGGCUUGAGAUGUCCAAUUCUUGGUGAUCACAAAUACUCUCAUCUGAGAAAACUAGCUCCUCAGCAACUUCCUGGUGAUAUGUUGGAUUUAUUAAAUGUUCGACAGAGUAAGGUUCGAGAUAUCCCAAUGCACUUGCAUGCUCAUAUCCUUGUCAUCCCUGAGGUAUUAAAUGGGCAAAACCUGUUUAUUCGUGCAAAAAUCCCAUUUCAUUUCCAAAAGAGCAUGCAGUUCUUAAAAAUUAAGAAACCUUGAAGGAAGCUUCAGAAUAAUUAUGAUGUAUCUCUUGAAUUGUUAUGGAUUAGGACAUGUAAACAAAUUAUAAUAACACUUCUCUAUCUUUGAGAAAAUACUUCUCAACUCAAAUAUAAUCUAUAAAUGUUUGGAAUGUAGAUUUAUUUUCUAAAUAUUGAAUGUAUGAUAUUUCAAUACUUUCUGAAAAAUAAUCCAACCAGUAAAUUAUUAACUUUUAAUGUAAGCAUAUUCCCAAAUAAAUCAUUUUAGUCAGAUGUUGAGAAUAAAACACUUCUUCUUAAAACCUCAAAAGUUGCACAUAACUAGUUAAUAAUGGUUAGAGACCAGAAUCAAAUUUUAAAUAUUUGUAUUAGUCCACCGGUGGUUGUUUAGUUAAUAGACUAAUUCAAACAAGCAUGUGAUAUAAAUUAUGAAGUUAGAAGAGUUAAUGUUUUGCACAUCAUUAAUCAGUAAGUUUCUCUAAACUUACAUCACUCGCAAUUACCAAUUUAUAGUUUUGCUGCAUGUCACAUUCAUGGAAAUAAAUAUGUUACAAGUUGCAGCUUACAGAAAAGAAAAUUUUGUUUUUGUUGGAACAUCUGUUGUACAUUUAGAAGCUUCUUUGUGUUAAAUAUUGUUUUAUUAAAAACUCAUACAUACAGAAAGACCAAAUAAUAAUAAUAAAAA